AUGGGUUCAUCAAGUGGCUCCCAAUCCACCAACCAUCACAAACGGUACUCUUCCCCUCGGGACGGCAUCUCGCCCUACGCCUCGUCGUAUGCGGAACGCAGAUCCAACCAGUACGCCCAGAGCGACUCCCACUCCCGAAGCAGCGUAAUGAGCGACCAGGAGGGCGAAGAGCCAACUCCACGGAAGAGAAUCGCCGUUGCAUGCCUACGAUGCCGUAAGAGGAAGAUCAGAUGCACAGGCGACAGCGGAAAUGGCCAGCCGUGCUUGAACUGCAAGAAUGCUGGACACGAGCCAUGCCAGUUCCUUCGGGUGGCUUCUCACGAGACGCCUAUAAUAAAGAGCGAUCCGUUCACCUACAGCAUCGACCUUGCCCGCACCUUUCAGGCCCGCGGAGCGUCCCUAGUGCCCCCUAUGCCAACUCCUCCGUUGCCGUCUUCCUACCCGGAUACCAUGCAUGUGCCCAGUGGUGAGGCUUUGUCGUAUAAGAACAGCUCUGCCUAUGCCUACGGGAACAAGUAUUAUCCCGUGUCGACGUGGACGAACGGAUAUGUUGAGGAUAGCAACGUCGACUACGCCGUGUAUCCGCAGUCUUACCAGCCAGCAGCAGUUCAGCCUCCUGUCCAGCAGCAAGCAGUGCAGCAACAAGAUGCCUCUUACAUGAUGGGCUAUCGAAUGAGCACAAGCUCCCCCGCUCCCAUGAAGCAUGAGAGCGGCAAUGCUCCGCCGUUGUAUGUCGAGCCAAACACUGCUGCAUACGGCUAUCCUACCGGACAUGCUUCUGCAACCUCUACAGUAGCGUCUAUGAUUCAUCGUUCUGCUGCCAGCACCGAUACAAGCCCCAGCUAUGCUUAUCAAAGCGUCGCUUCUGGAAUACCCAGCCAUAUGAAUACCAAUGAAAGACUACUCCCAGCACCUUCCACACGCUCUUUAACAAGCGCUCCUCAACAGCAACAUCCCUACCGCGCAGAGUCCAUCUCCUCAGCCUACAGCAAGACCUCCCAGUCUUCUACCGGCAGCUCUUCUCCAGCAGCCCUAUCCGAAGCAGCAGCAACUACUUACAACAGCUUUGAGAGCUCUCCCUUGACUUCCUAUCCCACGUCCGCCUCAACAAGCUCUCAUCAUGGACGCAGCGGCGAAGGAUAUACCACUGGCGCAGCUUCAUCUCUAGAGGCAAUCAUCGAGCCAGUUAUUGAGCCGCUGAGAAUGACUGCCCCCGAGUUCACGUACAAGUAUACUGACACUACGAGGAGAUACAACAGCCAGUAUAAUGCAGCUAUCGGGAGCUAUCUUUCGAGCAGCCAAGGCCUUUCGAAUUACACGCUCAGCAGCGAUGAGCAUGAGCGCAAGCCUAGUAUGCGAACUUGA